AAGUCAUAAUCAUUUUUAUUUGUGAAAAGAAAUCGUGAACAGAACACAAGUGAAUUUUAGUGGAUUGAAUGGAUAAAUUUUAUUUAAUAUUAUUUCUUGGUUUGAUAUCUUGAGGACGAUAAUAAAAUUAAGUCAGGCUCGGCUCCUUCACUGAUAUACAAUACAAUACACAAUACUAAAAUGAAUGUUCCAGAGAAUGCACCACAGCAUUGUCCUGGUACGCAGAGUGACGAUGCUGGUAAAGCCUCAGCUUGUGCAGGCUGUCCAAAUCAAAAUAUAUGUGCUUCAGGCGCAGCCUCACUACCGGACCCAGCAAUAGAUAUAAUCAAGAAUCGGCUAGCAAAUGUGAAGCAUAAGAUCCUCAUUUUAUCAGGGAAAGGAGGAGUAGGAAAGAGUACAGUCACAUCCCUGUUAGGGCACGCACUGGCCGCUAAGAAUCCUGAUAUCAAUGUGGGCAUCUUGGACGCGGAUAUCUGCGGUCCGAGCCAGCCGCGAGUGCUGGGCGUGCGCGACGAGCGUGUCCACAACUCGGGCUCGGGCUGGUCUCCCGUUUACGUGACAGACAACCUGUCGUUGAUGUCCAUCGGGUUCUUGCUGGGCAGUCCCGACGACGCAGUUAUAUGGAGAGGACCGAAGAAGAACGGUAUGAUUAAACAGUUUCUAAGCGAGGUGGACUGGGGUGAACUAGACUAUUUGCUAAUCGACACUCCGCCAGGCACAUCCGACGAACACCUGUCAUCAGUUCAGUAUUUAACUGGAGCGGGUCUGACCGGGGCCGUAGUGGUGACCACGCCUCAGGAAGUGGCCUUGUUGGAUGUCCGCAAAGAGCUGACCUUUUGCUCCAAAGUGGGGGUCAGAGUUUUGGGGGUCAUAGAAAAUAUGUCGCUGUUCGUAUGUCCCAACUGUAAUAGUCGCAGUGAAAUCUUCCCGGCGACGACCGGCGGCGCCGCUCAAAUGUGUUCGGAGCUCAAUGUUCCCCUGCUCGGCAACCUGCCGCUCGAACCGCAGCUGGCGCGCUGCUGCGACUCCGGACAAGACUUCUUAACCACCAUGCCGCACUCUGUGGCCGUGCAAGCGAUCAAAGAUAUCGUAAACAAAAUCGUGACGGCAGCUGAAAAUCCUACGAAUUGAAGCUUUAUAAUCUACUGCACUGGACUCAGUGAACAAUCCAAUUAUUUACUUUAAGCCUAGUCUAAAACAAAUCGCCUUAUAAAAAAAAUAUUAUAUAGGUACCAACUUCAAUUUUAGCUACAACGAUUAUACUGAAUUUAUAACAUUGCACAAAAUGUUUAUUUAUAUACCGUUUUUUUGGUUAAAUUAUAUUUUUAAGUUGAUCAAAUAGUUUUGUUAAAUAUACAGACCAAUAAAAAUGUUAUAGUA